AUGUCUACCCCAGAGAAGCCCACCAUUGUUUUGGUGCAUGGAGCUUGGCAUCUGCCUAGCCACUAUACCAUGCUGAAAGACAAGUUGACAGAGAGGGGUUUCACCGUCAUCCAGCCCAAAAACGCCUCUGUUGGACAGGUUUCCGACAUCAAAGGAAAGACUCACCUGGACGAUGUUGCAGCUAUUCACGAAGCCAUGGAAUCUCCCCUGAGCGACGGAAAGGAAAUAAUUGUUGUCUGCCACAGCUAUGGCGGUAUCCCUGGAUCUGCAGCUGUCGAGGGCUACCAAAUCCAUGAAAGAAGGGACAAGGGUUUGAAGGGAGGUAUCAAGCACAUCGUUUACGUCGCAUCGUUUGCUUUGCCAGCCAGAGGUCUAUCAUUGAAAACGGCGAUCGGCGGAACAUACGGGCCCUUCAUGGACCGAACAGAUGACUACCUUCCGCUAAAUGAGAGUGCCAAGAAUGCAUUCUACCACGAUAUCGAGUCGGAGCUGGCAGACCGAAUGCUCGCCAAUUGCGUAUACCAAAGCACAGCAAGCUUUGAGACGCCCUCCCAGUUUGUUGCCACGGACAUUGCGGUUCCCAAAACUUAUGUGGCCUGCGAAAAUGAUCGAGCUAUUCCGAUUGAGGGCCAGCUUGCAAUGGCAGGGGCCAUGGGCGACACAGUGAAGAUUGAACGACUUGCUGCUGGGCAUAGCCCUUAUUUGGAUCCGGGGUUUCUAUCCAGGCUGGUUGAAAUUAUUGAUGGUAUCGACGCAUAG